AUGACAACCGAAAAACCUCAAGAAUCUAUUGUUGAUAUUGAAGAAGAAGGUGGAAAAGUAGAAGAAGGCGGAAAAUUAAAAGAUGGUGGAAAAGUAAAAGAGCUAUAUUUAGCUAUUAGUCCAAAUGGUGAUUUUGUAGUAGAAUUUGUAGUAGAAUUUGCAUUAUCGUCUAGUGAAUCAGAAUUAUCGAAUUUGCAAUUACGCAUGUAUAAUGUUGUAAAUGUUAAGGAUUCGAUGAAAAAAGACUAUUUGGAUCAGAAAAUAGACUACUUGGAUCCGAAAAAUGGACUAUCGUACAGAAAAAUUUCUAAAAUUACUGCAUCUGAAAACACAUUUACAAAAGAGCAAUUUGAAUUGAUUAAAUCUUUGAUUAAAUCUAAAAACAAACUGAGUUGGUCCGUUGCUGUGUCAGAUAGACUCAAAUCACAUGAAUCAACUGAAGAAAUAUUAAGGCUAGAUAAAUAUGGUGGAAUAGUCAAAUUGUUCUCGAAAAAUGAAGAUAACAAAAAGACGGAUAAGGAUAGCCAAAAUAUGGAUAAAAAUACCAAUGAAGAUAGUUAUCAAAAUAUAAAUAAAUACUUUCUUGUUAUUUUAAAUGCCUCUGGGAUCCAUAAACAUCACUUUGAACAUUUAUAUAAACCUACUUACAAAAUUCAAAGUUUAAACCAUUGCUUCGAACAACUAUAUAAACAUACUAUCAAAAUUCAAAGUUUUUAUUACCCAAAGCGAAUAGAUAAAGCCUUAAAAUAUAACAAAUUUUCGGCUGAAUUUAAUCUGAAAUAUAUUCUAAGAUGCUUAAAUAAGCAUUAUUUUUUAGUAGAUACUACAAAUGAGGGUGCACAAUAUAUGGAUCUUUAUGAUUUAAAAACGAAUCAGUUAGUAAAUACCUUUAGGAGGCGAAAUUUAAACAGCUUAAAAAAUUACAUACUAGACAUUUCUGAUAAUUUUGCAAUAUCACACAAUAACAAAUUAUUAGCGUAUAAAUCAGGAAAUCAGGUCAAAUUAUACUUGAUUGAAUGUGGACUUGAGAUUGCUUCUAUAAAUAUUGAGGAUGGCAAAUCUGUUUAUGACUAUUUCAUGCAUUUCUUUAAUAAUGAUGAGAGAUUAUUUAUAUAUCAAGCAAAAAAUAAAUGGACUAUUUGGGAUAUUUUCGGUUCAGUACAAAUGUCAAUCAAACUCGAAAAUCAGCUUGAGCUUGAUCUUAAAAUUUUAGGUUUUUUGAGUCCAAAUGAUUAUCAAUUGGAACGAUCAAACUCUUUUGUAAUCGUUGUUAAAAAUAAAGAAGAAAAAGAAUUCUCCGAAGAUAAGCAGAUUUAUGAUGAUUACAUCUCAGAUUAUAUGUGUUUAGAACUAAAAAGUGACAAACAACAUUUGAAGACACUAUCGCUAAACGAAAGCUUUGCAGAUACAGGCAAUAAUAAGUUUUUUAUUUUUGACCUCAAUAAUCAAAAAACAGAAUUAGAUAGCUAUUAUUAUAUAAUUGAGCCUUGGGUACAUUGGCUUGAGAAAGGAGCUCCACGAUAUUCA